UAACUCUUAGAUAGAUAGAUAGAUGAGGAGCAAGAUAUACACCCAGAAAGUGAUUGUUAGUGGGCACAUAGUUUUUCUUUUCCGUAUAUAACAAGACCACCCUGAUCCCUCUCCUCUAUUCCACUCUUCACAUCCACCGACAUGAUACUACCACGCAGCACGCCCCGUAGUUAAUUUCAAUCUCAAACAAUGCCGUACGCUCUCACACCCUCGUCGAUCCUCUCCUCCCUCCACCUCUUCUCCUCCGCCGCCUUCCUCGCCUUUGCCGCCGCCUGCGACGGGCACGACAAGGCGGCGCUGAUCGAGAUCAAGGCCGCCUUCGGCAACCCGGCCGGGCUCUCCUCCUGGACGUCCGGCAGCCCCUGCUGCUCCGCCUGGUCGGGCGUGGAGUGCGACUCGACCACCGGCCGCGUCACCUCCCUCACCGUCUUCGCCCUCAACGUCUCGGCCAGCGUCCCUCCAGCCAUCGCCAACCUCUCCGCCCUCCAGUCCCUCAACCUCGCCUACAACCGCCUCUACGGGCCCCUCCCCGCCUUCCUCGGCCCCCCGCACCUCCCCGACCUCUCCUUCCUCCGCCUCGACGGCAACCGCCUCUCCGGCCGCAUUCCCGCCACGCUCACCGUCUUCGACCUCUCACUUGUCGGCAACAGACUCUCCGGCCCGCUCCCGCCCUCGUUCGCCGGUGCGACCUUCGGAGACGUGGACCUCGGCGACAACCGGCUCACGGGCGACGCGUCGUUCCUCUUCGGGCACAAGAAGAAGCUGAACGCGUUAAACCUGGAACGGAACCGGUUCGAGUUCGACCUAUCGCGGGUGCAGCUACCGAAGGUGAUGGACAUCCUGAAGAUCGCCCACAACAUGAUCUACGGCCGCAUCCCCGCGGAGGCGGCGCACCGCAAGUGGCUCCAGUUCGACGUGAGCUACAACCGACUCUGCGGCCCCAUACCGCAGAGCAAGUACAUCCAGCAGUUUGGCGCCUCGCACUUCGACCACAACAAGUGCCUCUGCGGGCCGCCGCUCGCGCCGUGCAGUUGAUCACCAUAUAAUAGUAACUAGUUCUGUUGAUCAAAUGGUCGUGGAUUUAAUGUAGCGUGAGGUUUAACUAAGAGUCUGUUUGUUUGUACGAAAGUGGAGAGAGGUGAAGUCGUUUUUUAUCGUAAACAAUCACUUUCGCUGUUUGAAUCGCUGGAAUAAAGAUACAAUCGUAACUUGAGUUAUACCGAAACUUGAGAUAUACCGUUGAGUCUCAGGUGUGGAGUGUUUCAAAAAUAACUCAUGCAAAUUUAUAUUUGCAGUAA